UAAGAUUAGGUUAUAAACUACUCGGCAUUAGAAACUGCUCGAUCUACACGAAUUAUGAACUGCAUGAAAUAUUAUAUACAAAAAAGGACAAACGAAUAUACAGUUGCAAACCGACCAGCGAUAAAGGUGUACACUUUCCUAUUCAAAUUUCCUCCAAAUAUCACAGCCAGCCCCUUUUCGUGAAUAUAUUUCACAUUUUUGGUCCUUCGAACCGGAUCGUGAUAUACGGAGAAGAAAUAAGUUUCAUUCUGCAUCAAGAGUGGAAUUCGGUAUUCGUCGUCAAGUGUGCAAGUCAUUCCGUGACAAUUCCCGCCAUCGCAUAUCGCCCCGCAUCAAGGGCAACGGUCGGUUACACGCCAUCAUUUUGAAUUUCGCGCCAUCGCUUUGUUCGUUAUUUUCGUGUGAUAUCGCAGUAUUUUCUUUGUGCAAUGGAUAAGAAAAUUAAAGCAGUGCAACUGAAAAAGAGGAUCGCCCUGGAGAACAUAAAAUCGCUGGAACGGUUCCAGGCGAAAUAUUCGAGUGAUGAUGCCAAGCAGAUUCCGGAGGUGUUAGAAGAUCUGGCGAAACAUAAGGAAGAGUUUUUCACCGCAGUUUCGAAACUGGAAGAGCUUGAAGAUAAAGACGAAGCGGUCGAAGCCAGCAUAAUGGAACGGAUCGACAUUGAAGAACGCUGUCGCAAGCUAAAAUCAUUUCUACGGGAAAGACAGCCAAAGGAAGAAGGUUCGCUCAACGAUACAACGGGCUUGGCUUCCUCAACGCUUGCAUUCGGUCGACCCCACGCGCCAAAUUUACGUUUGCCCAAAAUCGAACUUCCAACAUUUGACGGAGAUCACACAAAAUGGCUUUCUUUCCGAGAUCGCUUCAUCGCAAUGAUCGACGCUUCAGCCGAGCUUCCAUCUAUCGCGAAGCUACAAUACUUACUGUCAUCGUUGAAGGGGGACGCGGCGGUACCCUUCGAGCAUACACCUUUAACGGCGGACAACUAUUCGGUUACCUGGGCGGCGCUUCUUAAACGGUACGACAAUUCUCGUCUUUUGAUUCGCGAAUACUAUCGCAAAUUGCACUACCUUCCGGGAGUGCAAUUGGUGUGCGUUGACAAGCUCACGCACCUGGUGGAUGAAUUCACCCGCUUCGUCAACGGGUUGAAAAAGCUGAACGAACCGGUUGACUCGUGGGACACACCCCUCUCAAACAUGCUGCUGAUGAAGUUGUAUCGAGAGACAUUGUUGGCUUGGGAGAAACAUUCCGUGCACUUCACGACGGACAAAUAUAAGGAUGUGAUCGACUUCGUGCAAGAUCGUAUCCAAAUCUUGAAAUCGACCAACAACUUCGUGAAGGAUCAAGCAGCUAGUGGUAUCAAGGUGGCCGGUCUCAUUCGUCAACCAGGGCAACGGAGAUUCAUCGCGAAUGCAGCUACAUCUCGCUCGGCUCCUGCUGCAUCGACUGCGCACACCCAACAGCCAAAGUGUCCAUUGGAGUGUUCCGAAGACCACACACUGCGCAACUGUCCAGUGUUCAUCGCCAAGGAGGUCCAACAGCGACGGGACGUCGUCGCAUCGAAGCGGCUGUGCUGGAACUGUUUGAGCAGCAAUCAUCAGGUUAGAGCGUGCAAGUCGGAUUAUUCGUGUCGCACGUGUCGUGAGCGUCAUCACACACUUCUACAUCAUUCACCACCCUAUGCUCCACCCGCAACGGUAACAUUGUCAGCUCAGUCGAAUGAAGACAAUGUGUUUCUGGCGACGGCAAACAUCCAGAUCAAGGAUGACUACGGGAACACCCAUGAAGCAAGGGUGUUGUUGGAUUCGGGAUCCAUGUCGAAUUUCAUCGCUGAGGAGUUCGCACGGAAACUGCUGACGAGUCGCAAAAGGGUCAACGUCGCUGUAUCGGGCAUCGGCAAUGCAGUACAGCAGAUCAAGGGUUCCAUCGUCGCUACCGUUCAGUCCAAGACACAACCCUUCGCAACGGAGAUGACUUUCUUGGUUCUGGACACGCCAUCCGCAAACAUCCCUACAUCACCAACGGACGUCUCUUCAUGGAAAAUGCCGGACGUGGCAUUGGCGGACAGCACCUUUAACAGUCCGGGGCAAAUCGACAUCGUCAUCGGAGGCGAUACGUUCUGGGAGCUCCACACCGGUCGCAAGUGCUCUAUCGGUAGAGGCAAACCGUGGCUGGUCGAAACCCACUUUGGUUGGGUUGUCACCGGCAACACUCAUCAUUCGUCAGUCGGUCCGCGGCUGUGCCAUCUAUCUGCAUACGACACCCCACUGGAGGAGACCAUGCAGCGGUUCUGGGAGAGUGAAACCAUAGCCGAGGAUCCUGUGCUAUCGGUUGAGGAGAAUGCUUGCGAGAAGCAUUUCGCAGCAACAACUGUUCGCAACUCAAGUGGAAGGUAUGUCGUUAGUUUGCCAUUUAACUCCAACCCUAAUAUCGUUUUAGGAGAGUCGAAGGAAAUAGCCGAUCGCAGACUGCGUUGUAUCGAACGGCGGUUGAACACCAAUGCUAAAAUGAAAGAAGAGUAUGUUAAAUUUAUGAAAGAAUAUGAGCAUUUGGGGCAUAUGAAGCGGCUUACCAGUCCUGCAAACGAUUCGGUAGAGCAUUACUACCUCCCACAUCACGCUGUCAUUAAGGAAUCAAGCACAACCACGAAGGUGCGUGUCGUGUUCGAUGCAUCCUGUAAGACUUCGAGUGGUUACUCAUUGAACGACAAACUCUUCGUGGGACCAGUCGUUCAAGAAGAUCUUUUAUCGAUUAUCCUUCGGUUUCGUUCUCGUGCCAUUGCUCUCACUACAGACGUAGAGAAGAUGUAUCGGCAAAUUUUACAUAGCCCUCAUGACCGUAACUAUCUGCGCAUCCGGUACAGAGAACAUCCUGCAGAUCCUAUAUCGACAUUUGAGCUACAGACGGUUACGUACGGCACAGCCUCUGCUCCAUUUUUAGCAACCAGGACCCUAAAACAGAUUGCUCUUGACCACAAGGAAGAGUAUCCUUUGGCAAUGAACGCGGUCAUGAACGAUUUUUACGUAGAUGAUUUGCUAACGGGUACCGAUGAUUUGUCCGAAGCAAUCGUUAUACAAAGGCAAAUCUCAGACAUGCUAAAUUCAGCUGGCUUCACGCUGAAGAAAUGGGCAUCGAACCGCUCCGAAGCAUUGAAGAACGUUCCUUCAGAAGAUGUGGCGGUACAACUCUCGCACGAGUGGAAGAGCUCGAAACAAGUAUCCACACUAGGCAUCGUUUGGGAACCGGCAACUGAUACACUACGGUUUCGUAUUGAGAUACCACCUACAACACCCAGCAUGACGAAAAGGUUAAUUUUGUCAUAUAUCGCCAAGAUAUUUGAUCCCCUCGGGCUACUGGGCCCAACGAUCAUCAUCGCAAAGAUGUUCAUGCAGCAACUAUGGGCUCUCAAGAUUCAUGGAAAGGCAUAUGACUGGGACAGCGAGCUACCAUCGCACUUACAACAUGAAUGGUCGAAAUUUCACUCUACAUUAUCUUCACUACGCAAUUUGACAGUCCCACGGUACAUAUCGCAAUGCACGGCAACAAGUCUGCAAAUUCAUAUCUUUGCUGACGCAUCACAACUAGCAUAUGGUGCUUGUUGCUACAUUCGGGCUGAAAGCAUGGAAGGAGUCACCGUGCAGCUGCUAACAGCCAAGUCAAAGGUCGUUGCGUUAUCCAAUUCACAUUCCAUAGCUCGAUUGGAAUUAUGUGCAGCACGACUAGCCACACUUCUUUACGAGAAAGUCCAGCAAUCACUGAAAAUUUCUGCUACCACCAUCUGUUGGACCGAAUCCAUGACUGUCCUUCACUGGCUGAAUUCAGCACCAAAUCGAUGGAAGCCCUUCGUUGCAAACAGGGUUGCAAAAAUUCAGCACACGGCUGGAAUACAAUGCUGGAAGCAUGUUCCAGGCUCGGACAAUCCAGCAGACGACAUUUCGCGAGGUUUAACUCCGGAAAAGUUGCUAGUGUGUGAGCGCUGGUGGCACGGGCCACAUUGGUUAGCACGCAACUCGGAAGAAUGGCCACAGAACACACCAUCACCAAGCGAAGAAGAGAGCGCAGAAGAAGAAAAACUAUCGUCACGGGUUGCAAGCACAGCAUUGAUCUGCGAAUUUCGAAACAGUUUGUUCUCACGAUUUUCGAUCUACCACAAACUGCAAAGAGUUGUUUCAUAUUGUUUGCGCUUUAUACAAAACGCAAAGCGUCGCGUAGGAAACAAGGUCCAUGCUAAGGACAUCCCACCACUCACUGUAGACGAACUCAAGGCGGCAGAACUCAAGUUGUGUUAUCUUUCGCAACAAGACACCUUUUCUGAGGAGAUACAACACCUGCAGAAGGGCAAAGAGAUUCCGAAGAACUCCAAAUUAAAAUGGAUUUCCCCUUUCAUAGAUACGCAAGGUAUUCUGCGCAUUGGUGGCCGGCUCAGUAAGGCACAUCUGUCGGAAUCAGAAAAACACCCGGUAAUAUUAUCAUCGAAACAUCCACUGUCCGCACUACUAGCUGUUUCGAUACACUUGACAUUUAUCAAUGCACUUCGUCGUUUGAUUGCACGUCGUGGUCAAAUCAGUGAACUGCAUUCCGACAAUGCAACCACCUUUAAGGGAGCGGCACAUGAGCUGAAUCGCGUCUACAAGAUGCUAAAGAGCGACGAACACGAUCGAGCUGCUAUAUUUGAUUGGUGCGCGAUGAAUCAGAUGAAGUGGAAGUUUAUCCCACCAAGAGCACCACAUUUUGGAGGUUUAUGGGAGGCGGCGGUGAAGGCAGCUAAAAAGCAUAUAGUCAGAACAAUAGGAACAACAAGCAUCACACAGGAGAGCAUGCUUACCCUACUUGCCCAGGUAGAGCAAUGUUUGAAUUCGCGACCAAUUACACCUCUAUCCGAUGAGCCGUCGGACUUGGAACCAUUGACACCGGGACACUUCCUCGUCGGUGGCAAUCUGCAAGCGGUACCAAUCAUCGAUUACACCGAGACACCGAACAACUACUUGAGGGAAUACCAGUUGGUACAAAAACAUCUGCAAACCAUUUGGGCUCGAUGGUAUCCGGAGUACCUGCAGCAGUUACAAGCUCGAGCCAAAUAUUGCAACGGGAAAUCAGCGGUUCUGACAGAAAAUACACUGGUGAUUAUUAAGGAAGACAAUGUACAUCCUACCUCGUGGCCGAUGGGGCGCAUCGUUGCAGUACACCCUGGAAAGGACGAUGUUGUUCGCGUCGUUACACUGCGCACUGCUUCAGGGAAGCAAAUCGUCCGCGCAGCUAAUCGUCUGGCGGUUUUGCCUAAUCCGGACCUAUCGGCGAUGAGCGAAGAGCAGUUCAAGUGCUUGAUACUGGUGUGCGGCUUGAAGGACGAUGCCGAUGCAGAUGUGAGGACGAGAUUGCUCUCCCGCAUCGAGGAGAGAGCCGAUGUCACGUUGGAGCAACUCUCCGCUGAGUGUGAGCGAAUCUCCAGUCUAAAGGUGGACAGCGCCAUGAUCGCUACUCAGGCGGUGGAGAAAGUCCUAGCGAUACACAGUGCAAGUAGAAGUAAAGUGCAGCAACAGAAACAACAAACACAGCUGGAUGGUGAAUUCUCGGCUCAGGUAACGAUUGGGGACAUAACGAGGGUUGCCGUAAUACGGGUAAUAGCUUCUGAUUUGCAGCUUCUGGGAGCAGAUUUAAUAGAGCUAUUUGAGCUUGGUUCUGUACCGAUGGACCAUUUCUGUAAUAGAAUCGAAGCUGAAUCUGGAAAAUGGGAGAGUCGAUUCCCCGAGGUGUUUAGCGGCACUGGACUGUGCACCAAGGCAAACAUCCAGAUAAAGCUAAAAGAAAAUCGCCAUUCGGUGUUUUGCCCGAAUCGCCCUGUAGCGUAUGCAAUGCAAGCAACGGUGGAUAAAGAGCUCGAUCACUUACAAGGCUUAGGCGUGAUUACCCCAGUCGACUAUUCGGACUGGGCAGCCAAUUGUAGUGGUGCGGAAGAAAAAUGGCAGCAUAAGAAUAUGCGGAGAUUAUUCGACUGGCCUGAACGCUGCUCUCCAGUCAUAUGA